UGUAUAGAUCUUUCGUCGUAGAAUUAUAAGAUCAGAAUCAGAAUCUAUAGUUCUCACAUGGUGUUAUUGUUUCAGAAACUUUAUGCAGUUAGUUUUCUCUGGAGAAGAUAGUGGGAGAGUGCUCAAGUACAAUCCGAAGACAGAAGAAACUACUGUUCUUGUUCGGAAUCUCCAGUUUCCAAAUGGUGUCUCCCUAAGUAAAGACGGAUCGUUCCUUGUAUUCUGUGAGAGUUCCAUUGGCAGGUUGCGAAAGUACUGGUUGAAAGGCGAAAAGGUUGGGACCUCUGAAGUAAUGGCCGUGUUGCCUGGAUUUCCUGAUAACGUCAGAACAAAUGAAAAUGGUGAAUUUUGGGUUGCAAUCCACUGUCGUCGAUCUCUAUACACUUAUUUAUCCUCUAUAUACCCGAAAGCCCGGAAAUUCUUGCUAAAGCUUCCGAUAGCUGCAAAGAUCCAUUACCUCGUGCAAAUUGGAGGGCGCCCUCAUGCCGUGGUUGUGAAGUAUAGUCCAGAAGGUAAGCUUCUAAAAAUUUUGGAGGACAGACAAGGGAAAGUUGUUAAAGCAGUAAGUGAAGUGGAGGAGAAGAAUGGGAAGCUUUGGAUUGGGAGUGUUUUGAUGCCAUUUAUUGCAGUUUAUGAAUUAGACUAAGUGUUUUAGAUUAUAAGACUUUCUUAAUUUCUUGUGUUUGGGGUAAAGCCCAUAUGCUUUUUGUAGUUAAUUUUCCACACUUUUCUUGAACUUUCUAGGGGUAAUUGAACGAGUCCCUCAUGAAUGUAAUGAAAACCUAUUUGUGGUAUGUGUAAUGUCAAGAGCUUCGUGUAACUUAUCCAAGCAUUUUUUGUU